CUCGAGGGCUUUAUUUGCAUGGGAAACAUAUGUGUCUCUCUAGUAGGAUAGUAGGAAGGGACUACCUGGUUGGGACAGGCCCAGCGGUUCUAUUUCCGGGCUCAGCGGUUUGGUCAAAUCACCGGACUUUGCGUUUGAACAAUUUCUACAUGAAUCACGUAAACCAGAUUUCUAUUUUUCCGGUUAAAACACAAGCACAUCCAGGGAGCGCGCUUCGGAGUGGACGUCAGUCAGUGCGCGUGUCAGUCAAUCCAACCCUUCCGGACAAAGAGAGAGCGCCUCACGUUCACAUCCCCUCUAGAGGAGCGCUCCGCGAGCCACGGUCUCAUCCCGUUCUGUCCCGUGCGCCUGGAACUCCCUGUUGCUGUUCACACCUCUCUCCGCCAGCCCGCGCGAAUAACGGACGACCCUUCGUGCUCUCCGUGGCAAUGUUGACUGACAGAUGAUUUGACAGAGGAAGACAGCAGCGAUAGUCUCUGUGGUUAAUAUGGGCUGUGCCCACUGUAAACAGUACAAUGCUGCAGCCAAGGCAGCCGAAGUAUCUGACCCAUCUCCAAGCAACAGCCCUGAUGGGGGUGCGUCUACAGUGUUAGCCACGCCCCUUUAUCACCCUGACACCACCCACCAGACUAUACCUGACUUCAACAAGCCAUUUGGCUCUGCCUGUUUCCCCAACACCAACACACAGCCCCGCGCAGGGGUCAUCACAGGUGGAGGUGUGACUCUCUUCAUAGCGUUGUAUGUGUUUACAGGUGGAGGUGUGACUCUCUUCAUAGCGUUGUAUGUGUUUACAGGUGGAGGUGUGACUCUCUUCAUAGCGUUGUAUGUGUUUACAGGUGGAGGUGUGACUCUCUUCAUAGCGUUGUAUGACUAUGAUGCUCGUACUGAAGAUGAUCUGUUCUUCCAGAAGGGAGAGAAGUUCCACAUCCUCAACAACACAGAGGGGGACUGGUGGGAGGCCCGGUCGUUGAACACGGGGAUCUCAGGAUACAUCCCUAGUAACUACGUCGCUCCUGUUGACUCCAUACAGGCUGAGGAGUGGUAUUUUGGGAAGAUGGGGAGGAAGGAUGCAGAGAGACAGCUCCUGGGUCAGGGGAACCCCCGAGGAACAUUCCUUAUCAGAGAGAGUGAGACCACCAUCGGUGCCUACUCUCUGUCUAUCUGUGACUGGGAUGAUGGUAAAGGUGAUCAUGUCAAGCAUUAUAAGAUCAGGAAGCUGGACAGUGGAGGAUAUUACAUAACAACACGCACACAGUUUGACUCUGUGCAACAGCUGGUGGAGCACUACAAAGAGCGAGCUGCAGGUCUGUGCUGUAGGUUGAUUGGCAGCUGUAGGCGGGGCAUGCCUAAGCUUGCGGACCUAUCGGUAAAGACCAAGGAUGUGUGGGAGAUUCCCAGAGAGUCUCUCCAGCUCAUUAAGAAGCUGGGCAACGGGCAGUUUGGAGAAGUCUGGAUGGGUAUGUGGAAUGGCGCCACCAAGGUAGCAGUGAAGACGUUGAAGCCAGGCACCAUGUCUCCAGAGGCCUUCCUAGAAGAGGCUCAGAUCAUGAAGAGACUGAGACAUGACAAGCUGGUGCAGCUGUACGCUGUGGUCUCUGAAGAACCCAUCUAUAUCAUCACAGAGUUCAUGAGCCAAGGAAGCCUACUGGACUUCUUGAAGGAUGGGGAAGGAGGGAAUCUGAAGCUGCCUCAACUGGUGGAUAUGGCUGCACAGAUAGCGGCAGGCAUGGCGUAUAUAGAGCGAAUGAACUACAUCCAUCGUGAUCUGCGAGCGGCUAACAUUCUGGUCGGGGAAAAUCUGGUGUGCAAGAUCGCUGACUUUGGUCUGGCCAGACUCAUAGAGGACAAUGAGUACACUGCCAGACAAGGAGCCAAGUUCCCCAUCAAGUGGACAGCUCCUGAAGCAGCUCUAUACGGCCGUUUCACCAUCAAGUCUGACGUGUGGAGCUUUGGUAUCCUGCUCACUGAGCUCAUCACAAAGGGACGCGUACCUUACCCAGGUAUGAAUAACCGGGAGGUCCUGGAGCAGGUGGAGAGAGGCUACAGGAUGCCCUGUGCGGUGGGUUGUCCUGCCUCCCUCCAUGAGCUGAUGGUACAGUGUUGGCGCAGAGAUGCGGACGAGAGACACACCUUUGAAUACCUGCAGGGCUUCCUGGAGGACUACUUUACUGCUACUGAACCCCAGUACCAGCCUGGAGAGAACCUGUGACCACGCCCACACGCAUACGCACAUACAGACACAAGUGUUCACAGACAGACACUCACUCACAUAAAUACAGACACACACACACACACACAGUUUUUGUAGGCUGUAGCGUGCCAGAUUGUGCCUUAAAUCUUUACUCAGUGUGAUAUGAUGAUGAUGAUGAUGUCUUCACUUCCAAUGCUUUUUACUCUUUAACCAUCAUUCAUGUCAAAGUGGAUUUUUACUGUAAUCCUUUCUUAAAUCUUAUUUUCUCGAGUUUCUGAAUCUGGCGAGUAAAUGCUGCCAGAGGCGUGCUGCCCAUAGGGGGCACGUGUCCCCUCAAAGAAUGUGCCCUGUUUAAAAACAUUUAAGAAAUAAAAUUAUAUAUAUA